CAGUAGUUGUUAAGUGGGAAUAUGAGACUUUUGUGCACUUGUCCAUUCCCUUGUUCCAAGUUUUUUCAUUUGCAUUUCAAAGUAGAGAUAUAAGUGAAAAUUGCUUAGUUUCUAAGCUAAGAUAAGAGUAAUUAACAAGAGAAAGCAAAAAAAGGGAGAUUAAGAUAUGGCUUAUGCUACUGUGACCUCUCUUGUGACCACUCUUGAAUUAUUGCUAACGCAAACCAAUUCAGGUCAAGCCAAAAAGGCUAAAGCAUUGAAUCCACAGAUCGAAUCCCUUCGUGAAAAAGUCCGUUCUUUGCAAGCACUUUUAGAAACUUUGGACAACAUCAAUGAUGUUGAGGCAGUGAAGCACAGGGAAACCAAAAUCAAAUUGGCAGUACAUGAUGCAGAAGAUAGGAUUGAAUCAAUCCUGGAGCAACUUUACCCGUCCAUUGAUCAAGAGGUUCAUGAAGAAGCUUAUGAGAGGAUAUUUGGAAGCUUACAACAAGCAUCUAAGUCCAUGGACUCUGAGAGGGAAGAGUUACAGAGAAGUAUGCAAAACAGUUUGCAGGCAACGAGUUCAUUAGCUAGAAGUUUCGUUUUGCCCGAACGUUCUUCACAGCUUGAGAAUAUCAUGGUUGGACAUGAAAUUGAAGUGGAGGAUAUGAAGAGUCAACUCAUGAUGAGAACCUCAUCCAACGAACGAGAAGUUGUGGCAAUUGUAGGUAUGGGGGGCAUUGGGAAAACAACUUUUACUAGCAGAGUUUAUAAUGAUCCAUUAAUUGAAGCUUAUUUUGAUAUUCGAGCAUGGACUACGAUGUCAAAAGAAUAUUGUAUCAGAAAAAUGCUCCUGGAGCUGCUUCAUUGUAUCAAGGAUGUGACCCAUGAAGAAGAAGAGGAGGAGGAGGAUGUAAGCCCUGGAAAAAGAGAAAAGGACCAAGCUGAACUUUUGAAAAAGGAAAGUGAGAAAACUGAUGGUGACCUUGCAGCAGAAUUGAAAAAGAAAUUGCAGAGACGCAUGUACCUAGUCGUCAUUGACGAUAUAUGGAGCACCAAAGCUUGGGAUGAUAUAAGUCAGUGGUUUCCUGAUUAUAAAGGAAGUCAAAUCUUACUUACCACAAGGUGCGGAGAUGUGGCAAGUUAUGCUGCUCCAGGUAAGUCUCCUCAUCAAAUUUCUCUUUUAAAUCCAACGGAAAGUUGGAAACUAUUCCAAGACAAGAUUCUUGUGAAUGAAGAACAACUCCCUCCGGAACUUUUGGAAAUUGGGAAGAAAAUUGCAUACAAUUGUCAGGGCCUGCCUUUAAUAAUUGUUGUAGUUACCGGGCUUUUAUCCAAAUGCAACAAUGCACUAGAUAAAUGGAAGCACGUUGAACAAAAUGUAAAAUCAGCAUUAUUUGAGGAUCGGCACCAACAAUGUGAAAAGGUUCUUGCUUUAAGUUACUACUAUCUACCUCAACACCUGAAAGCCUGCUUUCUAUAUUUUGCGGUUUUUCCUGAAGACGCUGAGGUUCAUGCGAAUAAAUUAAUCAAGCUAUGGGUUGCAGAGGGAUUCUUAAAGAAAGCUGCUAAUAAAAGUUUGGAGGAUGUCGCAGAAGAAUACUUCAAUGAACUUAUUGGCAGAAAUUUGGUUUUCAUAAGCCGGCACAAUUUCUACGGAAAAGUAAAAACAUGUAAGAUCCAUGAUCUCUUGCAUGAGUUUUGCUUGAGAGAAGCCCAAAGGGAGAACUUUCUAUGUGUUAUAGUUAGAGAUGAUAAUCGAGCUUCAAGUGCCUCUUCACAGUCAAGUUUUUCCUAAAAAGUGUCAUCGAAUGAAUAUCCAAUCAAUUAGUGAAAUUAAUGCGCUAAACUCGUACCCCUAUGAUCAAACGAAAAUCCGAUCUUUCAUCUAUUCUGGUGAAAGAAGCAGCCACCCUUAUUUUGAAAGGUUUGGUGUGACCUUCAACAAGUUGAAGAUGAUCAGAGUACUGGACAUCUAUAACGUGAAUGUACGAACUCGACGAACCGGUUUGUUGCAUUUGAGGCAUCUAUCAUUGACCAUUGAAUAUAGGGGAGACCUCAUCCUUUCCAAACUUCAAAAUUUGCAAACUUUGGUUGUUCAUAUAUACUAUGGUAAUUCUUUGGAGCCACAUGUAAUACCUUUGGAAAUUAUGAGUAUGCCACAGUUAAGGAAUCUUCACUCUAUAGGGAGCAGUCUGCAAUCUCCUCUGAAUAUGUUCAGUGAUAAAAUGGAUCAUGCAGUUUUGGAACACCUACAUACUAUAACCGGAGUUGAUCCCGCAUGGUGUAAAAAGGAAACCUUUGAAAGGAUGCCUAAUAUGAAGAAAUUGGGGAUUCAGUCCUGCGGACUUCUAGAUUUGUGGAAUCAUCUUCCCUAUUUGUCUGAAGUUGGGGGCAUUGAGGCACUUAGAAUUGUAUUUCACAAAGUAAUUCUGGGUAGCUUACCAGGCCGUGAAUCUCAUUUUCUCGAGCAAAGCAUCUUUCCACCAACACUCAAGAAGUUGACCUUAAUCAGAUCAUUUCUUUCUUGGAAGGAUAUGGACAUCGUUGCUAUGUUUCCUAACCUUGAGGUACUCAAAUUGAAAUCGCAUGCAUGCCUAAGUGAUGAGUACUGGGAACCUGCUAGAGGAGGGUUUUCGCAGUUAAAGUUCUUAUUACUUGAUGGCGUAAAAUUUACAAAGUGGAAAGCUACGGACGAGCAUUUCCCUGUGCUUGAGCGCUUAUAUAUGUCUUAUUGCGUCCGACUAAAAAAGAUCCCAACAGAAUUUGCAUAUAUAUUUCAACACUGCAAGUGAUCGAGUUAGACAACUGUGGUCUUCACCUUUUGGCAUCAGCACAACAGAUUGAGCGAGUGCAAGAAGAGAACCUUGGAUGCAAAGUUACUGAAGUUCGUGUAUCCAGAAGUAAUGAAGUUCAUUGGCCGGGUAUAUCCUCUGCAACAAACUAGAAGGUAACUUGGAGUAUUAUGCACAAAUUUCCAAUUAUGUCAUCGGGAGAAGCAAUCUGAAAUGAUGCUACAUUUUCAAAUCAUGAAGUUUGCAAAGAACAAUGAAUCCAUGGACGAUGACGAUUCAGAUAGUAAUGAGGAGCUCAAUGAGGAUCAAGCCUCGGAACUUGUGGAGUUCGGAUAUAUAAUUGUACCAAAGAUUUGAACGAUUAAGCUUGAAUCUGCUCCUAAUCAGAUAUCAACCAAUAAAGAUUUUCCUAGAAGAGAAGGCAGCUGAAAGCGACCUCUCAAAAUCCCUUCAAGCUUAGACGCGAGGUUUGUACAAAGCUUGCGCAGUCAUCGAGCAAGGGGAAUUUGUAUUGAAACUGCAUUGUUGCAGUAAUUUUCCAAUACAGAGGCUCUUGGAUCUUCAACUAACAAGGUGAACCAAUUUUUUUUUUCGGACGAAAGAGAAAGAAUUGGUAGAAGCUCAAAGCUGCAUUGAAAUAGCAGCAUGCUAAAGGGAACUUUUUCUAGUCAAAUCCCAGGCAGCAUUUCUGUUUUUAAUGUAUUGAUUCUUGUCCUUUAUUCUGUUUACAUUCUCUUAAUUUAUCUGAAAAGAAGAUUACUA